AUGGGGCAGCAACUGGACGACGAGCCAAAGAUAUAUAAACUUAUCGAGGAUGCUCCCCGGAAACAUCCAGGCCGCAAGUACGUCAGAUCGUUGCUAGACUCCUUUGACAACAGUGUAGAUGAAGAUCAACAUCGAUGCCUCGUGCAUCCUCCAUUGUGGGAGAGUGUACUGGAUUUUCUAUUCCGCAACCCGGUACAGAGACUACCAACACCAAUUUUAGCAGUGACGCUUCAUCGUCUAUUUCUUGCAUUGGACUAUCUGCAUACACAAUGCAAAAUCAUCCACACCGGUAUAGGUUUCUCUUUUCGAUCUUGA